AAGUAUAUCUUUAGUUGGAUUUGAAGAAAAUGCGAGUAUUAUAUGCUAAUUUUUUUGGUUUGUCAGAAUUAUAUGUAACAAAGUUAAUUCAACAUAUAAGCUAAGAUGCGUUAAGUUUUUAUCAUUAUCAUUGAUUGGUCAACGGGUUUAUGCAUUGGACAAUUUGUUAUGACUUGUAAAAGAAGCAUUUAGAUAAAUAUAUAUACGUAGGUAUUUUAUAUAAAUCUUGUGUAUUAGAGAUAUAAUGUAAGUUGAAAAAUGGAAUAUACAAUUUUGUGUUGUCUCAUAACAAUUUUAUAGCAAACAAUAACAUAAAACAAUAACAGGAAAAACAAUGGUCUACUUACUUCGUACUGUCUUUGCCUUUUCCUUUUCCUUAAUACCUUUUUUAUUUUGACUACGUAUUAAUGGGAAAAGUUUUCAAAGAUACACACGAAGAACGUGUCAUUCAUGCACAGAGUAGACGUAACUCGUAGAAAGAGACUUAACACAAAGCUGUUUUAUCUUUUAUUUUUCUCUCGUUUCAUUUAUUACAAUAUAAAAGAGACAAAUCAACGAGUUAUAAACUGAUAAUUUUUACUAAACUAUUAUUACAUUUUACUUUUUGUUAUCAUGUAUCUCUCUUCUGAGGACCAAACUAUCUUAAAAACAAACUCCACCAUUGUCAGCCAUUGAAACAGAGGAUGUAGUGUACUAUUAUGUAAACUGAAAAACCAAACAAUUAAGACUGAAACUCUUCAAGGAAUGAUUUUCUAUUCAUAGCAAGCCAAGGUUUGAUGGAAUUAAUGUAUUGUGAAAAGGAUUCUUGAUAAGAGUAUAUAGAGGAGAUUAGGAGAGGCCUUCUUUUUUGACAGGUCAGCAUUGCUUCAGUUAUUUUCUCAUUGCCAAAAUAAAAUUAUCAGAAAAAGGAAAUAUAAAAAUCCAUUCAAAAAUUAAAAAAUAAAAAGAAAAUGGAAAUUUAAAAGGAUUUUAGACACAUUUAUUAUAUAAAUACCAUAAUGGAUUAAUAUUCAUUAAUGACAUUUGUAAAGCUAACAAAUCCAUUCUAAAGUAGAUUACAAAAUGAUAGAAACAACAUUAUUACACCAACUCAUACUAAGUAAGCAAAAUUUGACUCCAAGCAAAAUUUGACUAUAUAUAUGUAAUAGAAUCUGGUACUUCUACUACACAAGACUCAAGAAGAGUAGUCUCUCUCUGGGUCACUCUCAAGAUUAUAUAUGUGGUUGCAGAGAAUCAGCCAUUGAUUCCGAGAAAUAACCUUUUAUCAAUUGGUCAAAAACCAUAAAAUGUACAGGAUGCCCACUGUUCCUGUGUCCCAAGAGGAGUUCAGGAGGUUCCACACCAUAGACCGUGACCUGUACAGUCUUUUGGUGUUCGUCCUCUUUAGGGACCCAGCCGAGUCAAUGCGAGUGUUGGGUCUGUGGCUAUGGCUAGAGCAAAAGGGGUUCCACAGCAUAAUCAAAAGAAUGUUAACCUUACCCCAUUUUCUCAUAAACGAGCUGGCUGACGAGGCUGUGACUUGCUUCACGCUUCUCACCACACCCGAUAACCUUUUGGCCUCACUCGACCUCAACAUCACCAGCCUCAACGACUCCCCACUCAUACAAUGCCUCAUGAAAAACGACAUCACGUUCCAAUUCUUCAAGGCCAAUAAUCGCCAAAACUCAGCUCAAGAGUUCACCAACAUCGUAGAAGACGUCUGUUAUAGAGCUUUCAGUGACUUAAUGCACCAGGCAAUACUUCUCGAAACAAGUAGUCAGAACCAUAACAUGGUGCUGCCCACCAUGUCGUUUCACUCCAAUUUUCGUCGUGCUGGGCUACACUUCGGCGGCGGUAGCAGCAGUGGCAGUAGUGGUGGUACCACUGAGCUAAAUGGGUCAUCAUUAUCAUCCUCAUCCUCGUCCUCGUCCUCAGUACCAGCAGUAGUAGUACCCCCAGAUGAUCGAACCAUGUUCGUGACUUUUUCUAAAGGAUACCAUGUUUAUGAGUGGGAAGUAAGGGAGUUUUUCACAAGGACUUAUGGGGAUUGCAUUGAGUCACUGCAUAUGCAAGAAGUUCAGCCUACUGAGCAGUCUCUGUUUGCUCGGAUUGUGUUUUACUCGGCUGCCACCAUUGAUGUCAUACUCGAUGGACAUAAUAAAGCCAAGUUUACCAUUAAUGGGAAGCACGUUUGGAUGAGGAAGUUCGUCCCGAAACGCACCAAAUCUCAAUUGCUGCCGCCGCUACCCAAUUUGCCAGCUUCAUUGUUGGAUGAUUAGGCCCAGCCUACAGUACCUUAUAUUUUCUUCUCUUUGGAAUAAAUCUAAUCAAUGGAACUAGUCUUGUUAUUUAGAACACUCAAUCAUGAUCAACACACACAAGUUAUAGACAUUAUAACGUUUAAUUUUCACUCUUCAAUUGUAUUGGCAUAGCCCAUUUACCAGCAACUACCCACUUAAUUAGCUUGUUUGUUUUCCAAAUGAAAAUGUUCCUCAUGGGAUAGAUAUUCAAUAAAAGUUUUCAUUAUAAUUGAAUCCUGAGUAAUUUAUGUUUGUUAGAUUUUUUUUGUGUUAAGAUUUUUUAUUUAUUUUUAUAAUUGAA